CCUAAAGAUAUGUACUCAUGUAAAUUUGCAUUUCCGCGCUCAUUUGCAAAUGGCAAAUAAGGUGUAAACAGAGGAACGACCAUGUGCCACGUGCGUGGAGUUUGACGUUUCGAGGUUAAACGGGAGGCCCGUGUUGGCGUGCGAUUUUGGUCGUCCUGCCACUGCACCGUCCUGACGUUUUGGGGAUGGCAGUCGAUCUGGGAUUCGUGGAGAAAUGCGAGUCCUGGCGACUCGGGAGCAGAUUCUUUCCCAGCAAGGCGGGCGGCAAGCCGGCCUGGCUCGAUCUGAAAAAUAUUCCCGGCAAAAGCGACCUGGAGUGCGAGUAUUGCGGCGAUCCCUGUGUGUUUCUCUGCCAGAUCUACGCGCCGUACGAGGAUGUCGCCGGGUUUCACAGAACCGUGUACAUCUUCGUGUGCAAGAACGUAGAUUGCUGCAGGCCGAAUCAGAGUGGGAACUUGAGGGUCUUCCGUUCGCAGCUGAGUAGAAUAAACGACUUUUAUCCUGCCGAACCGCCUGUGGAACAGGAGGACUGGCGAACGGAUAUUGACGUAUCGCGGUGGGCAAAGACGUGCUACGUAUGUGGGAUCUUCGCGCCCAAUCACUGCGGCAAAUGUAAGGUCGUCAAUUACUGCUGUCGCGUGCAUCAAGUGUACGACUGGAGGAAUGGGCACAAAGACGUGUGCGGCACCGAGGCAAAAAACAGCAACAGUUUUCUGUUUCCCGAAUACGAGAUCGUGGUGGAGAGCGACGACGCUGCGAAGGAGAAUGCCCAGCAGCACGAGCUUAAAAGUGAAGAGAGGGAGAUUGAAAAGUACAAUGCGAUGAUACAGGACGGCAAAGCUGGAACGUUUCAGCACGAAGACGUUAACGACGAUUUACUGCAGAUGGCUAACGACGAAAAGGACGAAACGUUCGUGGAGUUUCGUAUGAAAAUAGACGAUUAUCCGGAUCAGAUUUUGAGAUAUGACAGAGGAGGGAAAGUUCUAUAUAUUUCGUCGCACAGUCGGAUAACGGAUGUACCAAAAUGCCCGGAAUGCAACGGCGAUAGACAAUUUGAAUUUCAAAUAAUGCCACAGAUGUUAAAUUUUCUUAACUUAAAAGACGUUAUCAAGUGUCUCGAUUGGGGAAUAUUGGCCGUUUUUACAUGCAAACAAUCUUGCAUACCUAAGGAUAAGUAUAUAAGAGAAUAUAUAUGGAAGCAGGACAUUGUACAAGAAGAAACCGAAUUGAAACUAAAUCAAUAAACACGAAUAUACUUAA